AUAAGCCUGAGAUUUCAACCAGCACAAUGACUGUAAACGGCAAAAGCAAAAACGAGGACCCUGCCAGCAUCAUAGACAAGCUGCACUCUCUUUCUGUGCGUCUCAGGAAUGGAAAUGACAACGAGGCUAGAAAGGAGUGUUUGCGCUUGAGCAAGAAGCUUACAAGCCAGCUGGAACAGUCAGAGAACGUGGCUGUUGAUAUGGCAUUCUCGGUACUGCUUUCAAAUUCUCUCUCAUUCUCUUGAAGUCGGGAAAUUUGUUACUGACUAGACUGCCAGCCUAUGAUUGCAGUUGCUGCGCGAGUUGCUGUCGAUUUGGACCUAUUCCGGCACGUUGUGAACGAAGGGCCGGUGACAUCGACGAGACUAGCAGAGUUAUGCGGCGCCGAGGAGUUGUUGAUCAUACGUCUCAUGCGACCGUUAUCGGCCACCCAUUUUGUUGAAGAGACUGGACCACGAACAUGGAAGGCGACUCAGAUCACGGCAGCCAUGGCUACAGAAGAAAUUGCGGCUGGCCACAGGAUGAUCUCCCAAUUGAUUGUUCCUGCAAUGCAAAAGGCGCCGGAUUACCUCGUCAAGCAUGGAUAUUCCUGCCCGAUUGAUCCCAGAGAUGGACUCGUGCAGCACGCUUUUCUGACUAAAGCUACCACCUUUGAGCGUAUCACUUCUUCGCCCUCAUUGCUCAAGGACUUUAACACGUUUAUGGGUAACACAAUGGGAGCGCGCAGCUAUUGGGUAGACUGGUACCCAGUUCAAACGCAGAUUCUAGAUAAUGCAGACCCAGAAAAGCCGCUUAUCGUGGAUGUUGGCGCUGGCAAGGGGCAUGAUUUGUUGGCAUUUCACGCCAGAUUUCCAGAUCAUGCCGGCAAACUCGUGCUGCAAGAUCUACCGCCGGUGAUAGAGGUUCUUGAUGCUUUGAAUCCGGUGAUUGAAAAAGUUGCGUAUGAUUUUUUUACUGAGCAGCCUGUAAAAGGAGCAAGAGUUUACUUCUACCACCAUAUCCUUCACGACUGGUCGGACAGUUACUGCCUCGAUAUACUACGAAGAGUAGUAUCUGCGAUGACGCCGGGUUACUCGAAACUUUUGCUGCAUGAGAUGAUAGUGCUUGAAGAGGGCGCACCUCAAUUUCAGGCGCAGUUGGAUAUGACAAUGAUGGCCUUCAAUAGCGGAAUGGAGCGCACGGCAAAACAAUGGAGCGAAUUACUGGAGAGCGUUGGGCUCCGGGUGGUCAGGGUUUGGGAGCCAAUUGAGGAAGGGGCCGAUGGCAUUGUUGAGGCAAUAAAGGACUGAUCAAAUUGGUUAAACACUUAGAUCCAUGGAUGUUCCAUGGUAUUGUCGCCAAAGUAGAAAUACAUUUGUUCUUUUCAUUACACACGCAUAACAUGUUCAUGGACAUAUUCAGAACUAUUCCGGCCUAUCUAGUAGAUCAACCUGGAAAAGAUCAAAUGCCCUCUCUCCGGCCCACUGGUCUAGAUGUUGCCAGUCUGCACAGCGGUGGAUAUCAACAUCAAAGUUUGUCGGAUAGAACUCAGCUGGGUCUUGAUGUUGAGCUGUAUUAUUGAUCCAUCGAAAAGUCACCAUCGAGAGAUCUGGUUGACACAUCAAGGACUCUCGUAUAUAUUCCACGCAGUGAUCGGCGUGUUUUUCUUCGCGAGCCAUAGAAGUUUCAUCCUUAUUUGCAUAAUAAUGUUCCUUGAACAUCAUGCGCUU